AUGGAAAGGCAAAUUGACAAUGUUCUAGCUUUUCCACUUAUCUUUGCAAAUAAUGGUUCUUGCGUCUUUGACCAGUUUAAUGGCACAACAACAAAUCCAAGGCUAUCAGUUUUCUAUUCAGGUAAGCAGUUAUAUGCUAUGGUAGUAAAUGAUCAGAACAAAAGGUGUUUGUUCUAUGGAAGCACUCUACAGAAAUCAAUUCGCCAGGAUCCAUCUUGCACCACCAUUGAAGCUGCUCAACGUGUUGGUGAAGAGCUUGUCAAGGCAUGCAUCGACCUUGACAUAAAUGAAAUUUCAUCAUAUGAUCGCAAUGGUCUUGCAAGAGGAGAUAGAAUGCGGGCAUUUGAGAUUGCCAUUUCUCGUCAUGGGUUCUUGCCACGAUAACGUUGCAAUAUUCAGAUUAAUUGUUCUUAUUCACUGGUUGUAGCGAGAAAAGGGGAGCCUGCAUGUUUGUAAGUUCUCAGAUUGUAGAAAGCCUCCCAAGGAUCCUACAUAUGGUUUGCUAUGAUAUUUAUAUUACCUACUGCUGUUAGCCUGCUACUGGAUAUAGGUGUAUCUUUAAGUGCUUUUAUGUACUCUUUUUCCAGGCAGAAUGUUCUGCGAUA